UCAUUUCUGACUUCAAGCUGAAAAAUGUCUGUUUGUGUAAUAAGUCAAAAGUUGGCUUAAAGUCAGAAAUAAGCCAGAUGCUGACUUAAAGCCAGAAGUUAGUUUGAGGUACCUUUUUCAGCAUAUAAACAGUUCUAGCAACGAAAUUCUAUUGUUAAUAGUCCUAUUAAUAUCAGCCGAUCUUCCUUGAUACUUCAACAUCAUAAACUUAUGCAAGUUGACCUUCAAUUCUCCCGCUCUGGUCCACACUUGCGUCUUUCUGAGACCUUUCUGAGACCAGAGAGUAGUUCUUUUAUAUUAGAUGUAACCAGAAAAUAAGAGAGCAUGAACAUAAACACGAAUUCAUCAAACAAGGCCAACUCUCUUUCUAGCCUCCUUCUCCUGCUGUCUGCUGUAUAUUUUGUAACAGCUCGACAAAAAGUAACCAAUAUUAUCAGUCAGGGCUCCUCUCUAACACCAAAAGGAGACUCGUCUUGGUUGUCACCUUCAGGCUUAUUUGCCUUUGGUUUCUACCCGCAAGGCCAAAACCGCUAUGGUGUUGGAAUUUUCUUUGCUGGACUUGGUGUGAAUAAGACCGUGGUUUGGACAGCCAGCAGAGAUGAUCCUCCUGUCUCUGACAGUGUAACUCUGCGGUUAACUGCAGAUGGAAGGCUCAUCCUCCUACAGAAAUCCCCAGACUCAAGUACGGAUAUCGUUACACCUGAUAAAUCUAUUUCUUAUGCUUCCAUGUUAGACACUGGCAACUUUGUGCUCUAUAAUUCUGAUCAAAAGAUAAUAUGGCAGAGUUUUGAUCACCCGACAGAGGCAAUCUUACCUGGUCAGAUUCUUUCAAAUGGUCAGGAAUUGUUUUCAAGCAGGUCAGAAUCUGAUCACGCCACAGGAAUAUUUAGACUCAAGAUGCAGAUUGAUUCGAACCUUGUGCUCUACCCAGCGGAUGCUAUAGAUGCUAGCCAGUUUUCUUACUGGGCAAGUAACACUUACGGAGUAAAUGGAGUAAAUGUGGCACUGAAUCUUGAACCUAAUGGGAACCUUUAUUUGCUAAAUAGUUCAGCCACCAUUGUAAAAAAUCUAACUGAUGGGUUUUCUGAGAAGCAGAGAGUUUACCUCCUGAAAAUUGAUCCUGAUGGUAUCCUUCGCCUGUAUUCCCUGAGUUUGGAUAAGAAAGGAAACGGCUCAUUAAUUGUAUGGCAAUCUUCGGCAGACAGAUGUAGUCCUAAAGGCGUAUGUGGCCUGAACGGAUUCUGUACUCUCUAUGAUAAUGAACCUCAAUGUGAAUGUGUACCCGGAUUUGAUUAUGUUAGUCCUGGCAACUGGCCUGCAGGCUGUAAGAGGAAUUAUACUGUCGAUAGGUGCAAGAACAAUGACCGGAGGAUCCCUUAUAGCAUGAGAUCAUUGGAGAAUACGCAGUGGGAAGAUGAUCCUUAUUCUGUUCUUAAAAUGACUACAGAAGAAUGUAGAACAGCUUGUUUGGAGGACUGUAACUGCGAAGCAGCAUUUUAUAAAGAUGGAAAGUGCAGAAAACAACGGCUUCCGCUGAGAUACGGAAGAAGGCUAUUGACUGAUUCUAAUGUUGCCUAUAUCAAGUGGGCUUCCUCAACAGCUGUAAUAGCAGCAGCUCCAACUUAUCCUAAAACUGAGAAAAAGAAAGUGCGUCGCCUAGUUAUUCUUCUCAUUUGUGUUUCACUUGUUGCCUUGGCCUUUAUGGUCUUUGUUAUUUUUGGAUUUCUUGCAUACAGACAUCAAAGGCGCGCAUAUAAAAAGAUUUCAGCAAAGAGUAAUUACCAAUCAAUGGAGGAUAUUGCUCCGCGCUCAUUUACUUAUGCAGAAUUGGAGAAAGUGACAAAUGGUUUUCAGGAAGAGAUUGGAAGAGGAGCAUCAGGAACAAUUUACAAAGGGACAUUAGAAUUUAACAAUAAAGUUGUAGCUGUGAAAAGAUUGGAGAAACCUUUAGCAGAAGGCGAGAAAGAGUUCCAGAAUGAGAUGAAAGUCAUUGGAAAAACCCAUCACCGUAACCUUGUCAGGCUUCUUGGUUAUAGUCAUGAUGGACCUAAAAAGCUUCUCGUGUACGAGUAUAUGGUUAAUGGAUCACUUGCUGAUAUUCUUUUUGAUCCCCAGCACCCGCCAAGAUGGGAUGAAAGAAUUAGAAUUGCUCUUGAUAUUGCAAGAGGAAUCCUCUAUCUGCACGAAGAGUGUGAAACCCAAAUCAUUCACUGCGACAUAAAGCCUCAGAACGUACUAAUAGAUGCAUACAGGUCUGCCAAAAUUGCAGACUUCGGAUUGGCAAAGCUCCUGAAGGCAGACCAAACAAAGACAUAUACAGGGCUACGAGGUACAAGGGGUUACGUUGCCCCUGAAUGGCAUCAAAAUAAGGCAGUUACGGUUAAAGUAGAUGUUUAUAGUUUUGGAAUCAUGCUUUUGGAGAUCAUAUGUUGCAGGAAAGGUGUCGAUUUCAGUCUGUCAGAGGAGGAAGCUGUUCUUGAAGAAUGGGUCUAUCAAUGUUUCCAGAACAAUGAGCUUGCGAAGUUAAUUACAGAUAGUACGACUAAUAUGCUAAAAUUUGAAAGAAUGGUGAGAGUAGGCCUCUGGUGCAUUUUAGAUGAACCGUCACUUCGCCCAUCCAUGAAGAAGGUUCUGCUAAUGCUGGAAGGAACUGUGGACAUCCCAGUACCUCCCAGUUUUAAUUCUUACUUAACAGCUAUUUAAUAUCUUUAAUUUUUAAAUUCUUUUUAUAUUUGCUUUGUGAUGAGAUUCCUAUAAUCCAUAUUUCCUGAUAACUGGAAGGAUGGAUUUUUGGCAGUUGUACUAAUACUUUGAGGCUUUAAGCAAAUAUUAGAGAUUCUUGUCGAAGUUUGAAUUAACUGAUAGCUUAAUUGUUUUCUUCUUGAGAAUGGAAAAAGCUAAACGAUGUAAUAUUGUGUAUUUCACCAAGAUUUAUCUGUUUUUUCUUGAGAUA